UCUCAAAAAAAAAAAAAAAAAAACUCAUUCCAAGAUGGCGCUGCGCACGGUCUGCGCUUCGGCAUUGCGUACUGGUGCAGAUUUAGGGGUCAACAAUGCGAGGACAAUUGCUACAACAGCAUUCCUCUGCAUUCGGAGGGCUCCUUUGGGUAAAAUGCCAAAUGAGGACGUUGAUGUUGAAAACCUGGAAUCAGUAGAGAAGUAUCGCAGCUACACUCGUUACCUCAGACAAGCUAAAGAAGCGGAUAACAAACCUGCCUGGUGGAAGACCUUCAGGAGCUACGUGGAAGCAGCUGAUCCUGAGCAUGGUGCUGAGCGAGUGGACAUUGGACUGUCAUACUAUCGACCCAGUAGGACCAAAGAAGUGAAGGAGAGGAAGCAGGUGGUGAAGCAAAACAAGAAGAACGUCGAGUUGGAGAGGGCCGCCCGUCUCUGCACUUUAAAGAUCCCUCUUGAGCGUGUGCAGGAGGCCUGGGAGAAAAGCAGCGGCCCGUUUCAAAUAAAGAGAGUAGCAGAUCACUACGGAGUCUUCAGGGAUCUCUUCCCCAUGUCCUGUUUCCUACCUCAAGUCCCACUCCGCGUCGGCUAUGGCCAGGACAAAAGUCGUCAAGUGUAUUAUGGUAAUCGGCUGACACCUACUGAGGCGGCGUCCGUCCCUCAGAUCAGCUUUGAUGCAGAGGAGGGCUCCAUGUGGACUCUUCUGCUCACUUGUCCAGAUGAGCAUCUUCUGGAUAAUGAGGCUGAAUACAUUCACUGGCUAGUAGGAAACAUACCUGGAGGAGCAGUGCAGGCCGGAGAGGAGCUGUGUCACUACCUGCCCCCCUUUCCUGCCAAAGGGACCGGCUUCCACCGCUACAUAUACGUCCUCUUCAAGCAGGAGGGACACAUCGACUUCCAGGAGGACGUCAGACCAUUGCCAUGCCACUCUCUGGUGGAUCGUACAUUCAAGACUGUGGAUUUCUACAGAAAACACCAGGACAACAUGACACCUGCAGGCCUGGCCUUUUUUCAGAGCCAGUGGGACGAAUCAGUCACCAACACCUUCCACGACACACUCGACAUGAGGGAGCCGGUGUUUGAGUUCAUCCGGCCUCCAGUGUACCACCCUCCACAGGUCAAGUACCCUCAUGGACAGCCGCUACGCUACCUGGACAGAUACAGAGGUGGAAAAGAGCACACCUUUGGAAUCUAUUGAUCAUGAAACACAUUCAAAGAGCUUCACAUCGGAAAUUGUGUUUGGUGUAUUUAUGUAAAAACCAAUAAAGCAUUUUUAGUACUCGCAUCAAUUGAUGCUGAAGGUUUGAAA